CACUGCGCAUGCGCGGAUUUCCUCCGCUUGGCGGGUUGUUUGAACUCAGUUCCGGGUUUAAACACGCGGAUUUUACCCUCUGUUUAUAUCAGAGACACACGAGACAGGAGGAGACAGGAGGAGACAGAGAAGGACAGAGAGAAGGAGAGAGGGGCAGAGAGAGCAAAAGAGAGAAGGAGAGAAAAGGAGAGAGGGAGAGAGAGCAAGAGAAAGAAGGAGACAGAUUGAGAGAAAAGGAGACAGAGGGAGAGAGAAGGAGAGGAAAGGAGAUGGUGGAAGGACCGGGUUGCACACUAAACGGGGAGAAAAUCAGCUCCAGAGUGAAGAAAGGCCAGAAAGUUCUCCAGAUAACUGGAACCGGGAACCAUGGUGCUGGAGCUCAGGGAGAUGUGUUUGGGUGUUUUGGAGGUUGUGAGUACACUGGAGUGCAGACUCUGGGUAAAGAACUCUUCCUGUACUUCGGAGGCCGAGCGUUGAGACUGCACUUCGGGAUGGACGGAUCGAUGCGUAUAAAUGCAACGGAGAAAAGAGACAGCAGAGGAAAUCCACCAUCUGUCAUCAUCUCGCUGACUGAAGACACGCUGAUGUUCUUCAGCACCACUGCGGAGAUCCGAUUCUCAGAGGACUGCAGUAAAAAGGUGUGUUUAAUGGCACGUCUAGACGUGUGCUCUCCCAGCUUCAGUGUGUGUGCUGUGGUGGAGGCGGUGUGUAGAGAGAGCAGCCGAAGUGUGUGUGACGUUCUGCUGGAUCAGUCAGUUCUACCUGGCGUCGGGAACAUCAUCAAGAACGAAGCACUUUUCCUCACUGCUCUAAAUCCUGCAGUCAGGGUGAAUCAGCUGAAGGUGGAACUCGUCCAGCACCUGGUGAAAAUGACUCGAGAAUUCUCACUUCUCUUUUAUCAGUGUCGUAAAAGGGGCGCGGCGCUCAGUAAGCACUGUAAGGUGUAUAAGCGCUCCAGCUGUGGUCAAUGCAGAUGUGCCGUCACCACGUGUCGGUUGGGGAGCGAUAACAGGAUGACGUACUUCUGCUCACGCUGCCAGACUGAAGAUCCAUCUGAAAUCGACAUCAGUAAACUCCCUCCUCUGAACACUUUGCCACGGUGGACGAGUCAGAAAUCCGUACAGGACGUCGACCAGGUCGCCACGAAAGAGGAAGAAGAGUGGUCAUGUGACCUUUGCACGCUCAUAAACCGACCAAUUGUCAAGUUCUGUGAAGCGUGCAUGAGUCCUCGACCUCCAGGUCAUACAGAUGCGGCGGUAAAGGAUCCCUUCUUCACUGCACUUAUCCGUUUCCCUCAUAACACUUUUUCCAAACCACAGCAGGAAGUGAAGCUCCAAUGCAGAGCGGCGUUCGGGAACACCACCCUCGUCCUGUCUGACCUUAGCCCCGCCCCCUCCACACCUCCGAGUCUCACUACCAACCGCAGGAGCAGUGCAGGGCCAGGGGGUGACUCCAACACUGCUGGGAUUGGAACACAGCCCACAGGAGCUCUUAUCUCCAAACGACCCUCUCCUGGAUUUCCCAGCAUUCCCAGCAAGAGGAGGAAGACUGAGAGCAAACAUCUGACAGGAGGAGAUCGAAUCCAGUCUGCUUCAAGCAGUGACACUACAUCACUACCCACAAUGCCUUGCUGCACCACACACCUCCGUCCCAGUGUCCUCCGAGUCGUCACUAAAGAGGGAGAGAACAAAGGCAGACACUUCUACACCUGCGCUCUUCCCCAGGGAGCACAGUGUAACUUCUUUCAGUGGGCUGAUCUGCACUUCCCCACGUGUCAUCACGUGAAACGCACCCUGAUGAGAACCGUCCUGAAACUGGGGCCGAAUAACGGACGCCGCUUUUACGUCUGUCCUCUGAAACCCGGGAAACAGUGCGAGUUCUUCCAGUGGGCGGAGUAACGUUCCUCAGGAACCAAUCAGCUGUUCACGUCACAUGACAUCACACACUGAUUAUUUACAUACGCAAGAGCACGAAUUUGGAAAAGAAACCCCGGAGCUGUGGAGCUGCUUUCUUCUGUUCAAAAUGAUAAACAAUCUAAUAAAUUCAACUGAUUUUAACUUCA